CUGCGGCUGGAACUUCAUGUUGCCGCAUUGGAAUGCGGCAUGUUCAGCAGGAAACAUCAACUGGCAUUUGGCUUGUGUGCGCGCCGAGAGUUGCCGAGUAGCCUGGCCCAGAAGGUCAACUCGGUGACAAAUCAAUGAACGGUAAAAGCUUUCGACACUUUUAAUUAACAACCAACCAAGCAAAAAAUAAAGAAACGUUAAGCGAUUAACGGUGGCAGUGCCACAAAAUCAAUAGCAAACAUUAACAGCAACGGUUGUCAACAAAAAACGUAACAACAAGCACAUCCGGUCUAGUAAGUUUUUGCGUAACCAGGCAAAAAUUGAAAACUAACAACAAAACCAAAAUUGAAAAAUUUAACACAAAAUUUUCUAAUAAUUGAAAAGUGAGUUUCAAAGCCACAGAAUUUUGAAUGCCAAAAUGUCGUCGCCGUCGUCGUCGUCAACGCAUCCAUACGGCCUGACAGCGAAUGUUAUUAGUCCGUAUGGUGGCUUGGCAAACACAAGCUCUAACCAACAGCAGCAGCUGCCGCAACAACAGCAACCACAACAAACUAAACGUCCAUUAGAAGAUCGAGAACUGGAGCGAGAGGAUGCGCUGGAGUAUUUUAUAAAAUUUCCAAAGCCAGCAGCGGACAAUGAUUUUUCGCUUAUUAAUACCAAUGAGGAGCAAAACAAUGUGCCGAUUGUAAUGCUGCUGGGCUGGGCGGGCUGUCAGGAUCGUUAUUUAAUGAAGUAUUCAAAGAUCUAUGAGGAGCGUGGUCUCAUAACGGUGCGUUAUACGGCACCGGUGGAUACAUUGUUUUGGAAGCGCAGUGAAAUGGUUCCUAUUGGCGAGAAAAUUCUAAAGCUUAUACAGGAUAUGAACUUUGAUGCGCAUCCAUUGAUAUUCCAUAUUUUCUCCAACGGUGGUGCAUACCUUUAUCAGCACAUCAACUUGGCCGUUAAAAAGCAUAAGUCGCCGCUGCAGGUGCGUGGUGUGAUCUUUGACUCUGCGCCAGGAGAACGACGUAUGCUGGGUCUCUAUCGUGCCAUCACAGCCAUUUACGGUAGAGAGAAGCGAUGCAAUUGCCUCACAGCAUUGGCAAUUACACUGACUCUAAGCAUUGUUUGGUUUGUGGAAGAAACUUUUGUGGCCUUUAAGAGUUUGUUUUUCAAUUCGACGCCAGUGCAUGCGAGUCCAUUCUGUGAGCUAAAGAACGAAACAAAUAAAUAUCCGCAGCUGUUUCUCUACUCUAAAGGCGAUGUGGUCAUACCGUAUAGAGAUGUGGAGAAGUUCAUACGUCUGCGACGAGAUCAAGGCAUUAAUGUAUCUUCUGUUUGCUUUGAAGAUGCUGAGCAUGUAAAAAUUUACACCAAAUAUCCAGCACAGUAUGUCCAAUGUGUGUGUAGCUUUAUAAGAAACUGCAUGACAAUGCCAGCCUAUCAGGUGUCCGCUAAUUUAUCGGACUCUGAAUCCGCAGAUCAACUGCUGGAGCAGCAUCAGCAACACCCAGCUGGAGUUAAUUUGAAAUAUGAUUAGAUAUUGGUUUCGAUAGGCAAGCAACUAACACUUAGUGCUCCCGGUAGGACAGGAGAACGCAUACAACGCAUGUGAUAGGCAGCACAACUAUACUUAUAAUAAGGUAACCGCAACUUAUUCGACUCGAAAAAAGCAGAAAUUAUAUAUAUGUAAUUAAAUGAAUUGCUAGCGAUCGCAUUGCGUACGCUGCCGCUUUAAUGUAGAAACGAAUUUAAGAGUUACUCAAUCUAUAUGUGCAUACCUAUAUUUUUUUCUCUUUGCAAUAUGCACAAAGCGCCCUAAGAAAAUCUAAAUAUAACAAGCAUUUUAAAAAUUGAA